AUGUCGUCCAACAUUACCAAACAAGUAUCAAAGAUUGAGCAGUUGCUGGCAAAAUACGAGAUCGGGGAAACGCUGGGAACUGGAGCGUUCUCUGAAGUCAAGGUCGGAAUCGAACGAGCAACCGGCAACAAGUUUGCCAUAAAGAUCAUCGACAAGGCAAAAUGCAGGGGCAAAGAAGGCAUGAUCGAUACCGAGGUCAAUAUCCUGAAGAAGGUCCGGCACGAGAACAUCAUCCAACUGUACGAGAUGUACGAAAUCGAAAACAAGAUCUAUUUGGUCAUGGAGCUCGUAACCGGUGGCGAGCUCUUUGACGACAUUGUCAACCGUGUCAAAUACUCUGAGCAAGACGCCGCAAAGAUCAUCCGCAGCAUCCUCCUGGCCAUCGACUAUCUGCAUACACUUGGCAUCGCCCACCGCGACCUCAAGCCCGAGAACUUGCUGCUCUCGGACAAAUCCAAGACGCCCAAGAUCAUGAUCAGCGACUUUGGCUUGUCCAAGAUCUUCAAUGAUGAUGAAGUCAUGAGGACAGCAUGCGGAACCCCGGGAUAUGUUGCUCCCGAAGUCCUGCGACGGCAAGGAUACGGUCGAGAAGAGCUCUUGUCGCAUGUCGUUGCCCUGGCUGACAUGAAAAUCAUCGCCAAUCUCCAUCUCCUUGGCUCUGCUCCCCUUCUCGCCCCAUCACACCACAGUCUGUGCGGAUAUCCUCCAUUCUAUGACCAGAACAAUGUCCAGCUCUUCCGACAGAUCAUGGCUGGGACCUAUGAGUUUGACAGACCCUGGUGGGACAACAUCUCCGAGUGCGCCAAAGACUUUAUCCGACAUCUCUUGUUGGUGGACACGAAUCGGCGAUACAAUGCCCGCCAGGCGCUUCAGCAUCCGUACAUUGUCUCGAACUGCGGACCCACGGUCUUUGCUGACGAAGAGCCGGCCCGAGCCUCCUCCAGCGGCCCAUCGAAUCUCGAGGCCGCGAGCACGCAGAUGGAGAACAUGCAUAUCCAGCCCCAGCCCCAGACCCCCAAGAAAGAGCCCGUCAAUCUGGCUCCCGGAAUCACAUCCAACAUGUCCAAGACCGGAAUCAAGGUGUCUCACGAGGUACAGCCUCCGCAGGCCCAGCCCAAUACUGGCGCAAAGCAGACCGACGCACCCGGCCGUCCCAUAGGCGACCGCUCGAACAUGGACGACAGUGCAUGCGUCACCAGCAACACCUCGAUUGCCACAAAAACAAAGGAGGAGCGCAUCUCCGACUCGUCCCGGCCCAGCAACACGUCCGAGUCAGCCCUUCACCGUGUCCUCCGGCCCGGCCCAUGCUCGAUCCGGCUGCUGACCUACAACAUCCUCCUGCGCCCGCCCGGGUUCAAGAACAACUCCUCCGACUACAAGAACCAGCGGCUGGGCGUCUUUGGAGAAGGAAUCAUCCACAAAUAUGACAUCGUGACGCUGCAGGAGCUGUACUCGUAUGGGUCGACACGACAGGGCAAGAUGAAGCAGCUGGCCAAGCAGCACGGGUUUGACUACUGCGUGUGCUCUCCGACUAAGGGACUGAUCAACGUCACCAUCGACGGUGGCCUGAUGAUCCUGAGCAAGUACCCGAUCGUCAAGUAUGAGCGCAUGACCUUCAAGAAAGGGCCUACCGGCGACAGAUUCGGCGAACGAGGCGCACUCUAUGCCAAGAUCGCCGUGACCACCUCCAUUCACGUCCACAUCUUCACGACCCACCUGCAAAGCGACAGCGCCUCCCUGGCUCCGAGCGAUCCACGCCGAGAGGAGCGACUGUACCAGCUCCUGAUGCUCAAGGAGUUUAUCGACGACUGCAUUCGCAACAAGCCCCAGAUCGAGCCUGUGUACUUGAUGGGGACUCUGAACGUCAAUGGCCGACAGAGCCGAACGAACGGCUGCAGCUCCGAGGAGUACAAGCUCAUGAUGAAGAUCAUGAAGGGCGAUCCAUCGGUGGACCUGCCCAUAGCCGUUCCCAAACCCAGCAUCCAGCCGAUACGGCUCAACUGCUGCGACAUCAAGUACGAGGCCAACGACCGCGAGCACCCCGUCACCUUGGGCGACGUGAUCGACACCACCACCAUGGUUCCGCGAGAGACCACCCUGACCGCUGGCGAGCAUCUGCGAAGCUGUACCUCGGUCGACUACAUCCUCUGGAUGAACACCCCGAGCGGCAACAAUCCAGAGGCCAAGAACGGGCCCAAGGUGUAUGUGGACCUCGCAGCGACCAAGGUCGAGAAGAUGCUCGUGGAUGGGCACGAAUUCUCGCAGCUCUCAGACCAUUACGGUGUCAGCACUGUCGUUCGCAUCCCUUAG